UCUCGUAUCCAUUUUGAUAGAUCCAAGUAGCAGUCAUGACUGUACACACCAUCUUGCUUGUUCAGAAUACACAAACUCCAAGCUCGAGAACAUACUAUGACUUCAACACGGUAGCUGAGGCUAUGGAUCAGAUAGCAACCUUGUAUGAACAACGACUUCAAAAGGAGAACCCACGGUUGGCACAACUUCAGUAUAGAGCACAAGAUUUAUUACAAUUCAUCGAUAAUCAUAGAGAAUUUGUGGCAUUGGUGUUUUCUCCUGCUCAACAGAACUAUGCGCCUCACGAUAAAGAAUGGAUCAAAGAAAAACUCUUGAACCAUCUUGGACGACAACAGCCAGCACCACAACAACAACAGCCGAGUCGCGGUGGAGCUUCGUCCAAUAGAUCCAAUAUUCAGAGUCGCCUCGGGAAUCAGAGGUUUUAAGUAGAAAAAUAAAAUAAAAGGAGAUGAAGCACGAUGACAGUUGCCUUUUCCACCUUCACCCUUCAACUCCUCCCCUUUUUUUUUUUGGCUCAGGCUGACCAGUUUCCAAGUCUGUGCUCUUUCUUCUUUUUUUUUUUUUCUUCUCAUCUGAUGACGGACACUGUCGGUUACGCUCCGGUCAUCAAGUUGCCACGAUCCAAAAGCUCAUCUUCCAACUUUCCAACGCGUCGUGAUAAGUCCGACCACCUAGUCUCAGACACUCUCUACUUUGAAGGACUGUCUCGGACUGACCAAAUAACAGAAGAUGACUUGAUGGACUUGAUGCAUGAUUGCCAGCCCCUUGAGUAAGUGUGUGAUCCAUCAUACAUGAUUCUGGGAGAACCUAUGCUCAAUUUUUGAUGCUUC